UACAGCAGCGGGGCUCAAGUUAGGAGCAGCGGUGAAUUUUACCGUGCCGCGGACAAUGAUUUUUGUAGGCGGGAGUGUAUUGGGUGCUUAGCAAGUGAUUGAUAACGCGGGCAGUCAGAAUUUUCCUCAAAUGUGAGGGUUACUGGUUUCUCAAUGAACUCACAAUGCCCUGCUACCUAUGCUGCAUUUCAUCAUCAGCUGGAAUACCUAUUAUGUGCAAGAAGAAAGGUGAUAUUGCAAAUCUGCCCUUCCCGAUCCAGGCGGCCCUGAAUGGCGCGUAUGUGUUCGGCAAGUCGUUUGACGUCAACCUGCUUAGUCUGGAGACAGCCAGCUGCCAGAUCACCUGGAAGGAGUUCCAGGACAGUGUGACGGUGAUCCUGAUCAGCGCGCGCUCCCGGGGCGGCACCGCCCACCUGGACCGGCUGCUCCGCCUGGUCUGGGACGCCAUGGUGCUCUGCGCCGGCACCGACGACCUCGUCAACAUCGCCAACGUCGAGAAGGUCAAGCGACAGCUGAAGGGCUGCUACCGGCUGGUGGACCGUCUGCUGGACGGCUUGGAGGAGGGGCUGGACACGUUCGGCGACCUGACGGGCCUGCCAGACGUCCUGCUUAUGCCCGGCUCCAGCAAAUUGCAGAUGGCUCUGGAGCUGGUGACGGAGUUCGCCGACUCUACGUACGGUUGCCUGAUGGUGCACGGCCGCCUGGCGGCGGCCACGCGCAACUGGCAGCAGCUGACGCCGCGCGAGCUGUGCCUGCUGGCGCUGUAUGUGCGGUCAGCGCGCGGCACUGCCGCCGCCCGCGACGUCUCUGUUUACCUGCCCGUCAAGAGCCCGCACGUGCCGUUCCGUCUGCUGGUGUGCCGGCUCUCGGAGAGCUCGGAGGUGUGCGUACUGUGCGGACCGACGCCGGCGCUGGACGAGCUGGAGCGCGAGACCGUGCGCCAGUGGGGGCCCGUGCUGGAGACGGUGCGCCAGCAGGAGGUGGCCCUGCCGCGCGGCUUCCCCACUGCCGUGCUGCUCGACCCAGCCGUGCACAGUUUCCUGUUGGAGAGCACCGGCUCGCAGCGGUGUUGCCCCUCGUCCAGCCCGCACUGGGGCACCUCGGAGCGGCACGUGACGGCGGCGGCGCCGGCCGACGCCCGGCUGCGCCAGCUGCGUGCCUUCUACCGGCAGACGUCCGGAGACCUGUGGUCGCCGGGAAUACCCGCUGACAGCGGCGGCGGCGGUGGCGGCGGCGGCGAGCCGGCGCUGGAGACUCGCGAGGCGUACCUCAUCACUGGCGAGCACCACUGCUACGCGCUCCGCUCCGGGCCGUACGCCAUCCACGUGCUGUUCCAGCGCGGCACGCCUCCGCACGUCAUGCGGGGCCUGACUCAGAGCACGCUGCGGCUGCUGACGUCCAUCAAACAGGUCCGCUUCUGAGGCGGCCGACGGCGCGGCGCCACUGUGGCGGCGCUUCCUUCCGGCAGCAGCUCCGCGGAUGUCGGCACCCGACCGGCGCCCCGGGCCGGGGCGGAAGCCUGGGCGUCACGAGACGGGCCAACCGCGUCGGUGUCGGCCGGAACGGCGCCACUGCGCCGCAUCCUGCCGCCGCGCAACGUCUCGAACUGCGCCACCGCCGCUGAACGCGCCGCUGCUGAUACGCGGCUGUCCCGGAAGAGGAACACGACCGAAAGUUCGUGCGAAUGGUCUAUCUCUCGCGGAAGUUUGAUCGUCUGUCGACUCGGGAGCGUUCGGACGGUGCCUGCACUAGGCCACGAUUCGAGUAGCGACGGGCACAGUUAACAUGGCGACGGGCACAGUAAGGGCAUGUUUGUCCUCGUGCGGAUGACACGGUUUGAUGUGCAGCUCUGCUCGAUACUCGAUAGGGUUUUUUAAACCCUUCGACGAAGGCCAUGAGCGGCGGGACUAAACCAGGGAUAUCGGCAUUCCUACAUGCUGUGAGACGUCUUCCAUCCGUAUGCAGCUGCCAUGUUUUCAUAUCACGUCUGUUUGUAAAUGGGGCCGCAACGCCCCACGCUAACAUUUCGUGCCUGUUUUCCAUUACCAUUGUUGACAUGUCACAUUUGUUCGCAGUCGUAUAGAAAUGUGGUGCACCGUGAGACUACAGUGCCCGGUUUGAAAACCUCAAGUUAUCGCGGAGGACGAUACACUGCGUCAUCACUGCU